CUGCACAAAUGGCUUCGCUUUAUAGACCCUCACAAAGCUGUGCGGAAAACUAACAGUCUGCUGGAUCUUGAGGAGUAUAGUUAUCGCUAUAAGCGAAUCAAAGAACAGUAUGGGCGAAAUCUGGUUGAGAACUGGACAGAAAAGACCGACCCAAAAAAGUUUGUCUAUGAAGACUGUGGAAUUGCAGCUUACCUUUUGGAGUUAUGGAAAAAACGGGGACAUAUUCCGAAGAAGUUUGCAGAUCUAGGAUGUGGAAAUGGGUUGCUUGUACAUCUGUUGAACAAAGAAGGAGUAAAUGGUGUUGGCAUUGAUAUCCGAAAGCGGAAAAUCUGGUCGGAACAGCUUUCUGAAACAUCUUUGAUUGAGCAAAUUGUUGACCCUUCACAGAAAGAUAAUUCUAUACCAUCUGACGUGGAUUAUCUUAUUGGUAAUCAUACUGACGAGUUGACUCCGUGGAUGCCCAUCAUGGCUGCAAGAAGAAACAUCGAAUUUUUCGUGUUGCCAUGCUGUCCGUUUACCUUCCAUGGAAAAUAUGUGGCCAGGCCUGGUGACACAGGCAGUCAAUAUGAUUCUUUUCUGAAAUUUAUAAAGGAGAUAUGUGCUCGCCUGGGUUAUAUUGUUGAAGAAGAUCGAUUAAGCAUUCCUAGCACAAAGAGGGUAAGUUUUUGCAUGUUUUCGAAUUUCGUCAUUUGUUCACUUGUUUUUCCGAGAUCACAUUUCAUUGACGCUCUUUUGUGAAC